AUGGAAGGCGAGAUGUUUCCCCAGGUAACGACUUAGACGGAAUUCAAUUGUUUAAAUACUAUGUCCAUAGCAAUAUGUAAUAUAUCUUGAGGAUUAAAAUUCUUGAAAUGAUGCUAGGAAUGAGACGCUAUCAUCUUCUUACCAUUUUCCCUGCGAUAUUGGAUCGGUAAGAGCUUUUACAAUGACAGUAAAUGUCAGGAAUCGUUAUGUCUGUACGUAUUGCCAAGUUGUGCACGGUGGCAGAGCUUCUUCGUCGUUAGAGAAACAUACUGAUCACCCCUACUGCAAAGUGGACUGUUCCACAGACUGAUGCUUGGCUGACGGGAGUUCAAGUUUAGAUAAGAAAGUGUACUUUCUUUGCUUAUGUAGUCUGGAUACUUAUCAUCAAGGUGUCGGGCCAGUUAUUACGACUUCACGAUGGUGUCUAACAGAUGCCGGAUACGCCUUUUAAGACAAGUUCUCUUGUACGCCACAAUAAUUGUUGGGGGUAUUGUGCUAUGGAUGACAUCACGACGGUACCCAGUGUUGGAGAAAUUCGACCACAGCACCAACACGAUCCCUGUUGCAAAUCUAACAAACUACAUCACAUCUGAUAAACUCGGAAAAUUAAAAUAUACCAUAGUAAGAGAUGCCCAUCCAGUAACCCUAACGGAUUAUUUUAAUCCAAGGGAAGAAGUUGUGAAUCCUUUCCCAAACAAGUACGUGAUAAAGCCAAAGAAUAUGUGUGACGACCCUCCAUUUCUCGUCAUAAUGGUCUGCUCCGUUCACUCCCAUACAAAUGUCCGAGACGCCAUCAGAGACACCUGGGGGAGCGUGGGACACGGAAGUGCAUGGCCCGGAUCUGACGUCAGACUUCAAGUAAAGAUUUUGUUUCUGUUUGGAAAAGUCAAAAUGCCUAGCAUGGAGUAUCUCAUUCGCCGAGAGAGUAAAACAUACAACGACGUGUUGCAAGGGGACUUUACAGACAGCUACAAGAACCUUACCUUGAAAACAUUAAUGGGAUUACGUUUUGUGGCGAAAACAUGUCCGGGUGCUGAGUAUGUUCUCAAGGCGGAUGAAGACACAUUCACGCAUGUGCAAUUGCUGUAUCAGUUUCUUCGAACAGUACAACCUGUCAAUAGUGUAAUUGGCCACAUCUAUACAACAAGCCCCGUCCGGAGACACGGCAUUUGGGCCGUGUCAUUUGAAAUGUAUCCGUAUCAUGAUUAUCCGUAUUAUGCAUCGGGAAAUACGUAUGUUCUGUCGCGCGACGUUAUUGGAUGCAUCAGCAAUACCUCGGGUUAUCUCCCUUACCUUCCGAUAGAGGAUGUGUUUGUGACAGGCGUCAUGGGUGUGGUUUGUCGCGCCACCCUGGUUGAUCUGGAAGGGUUCACCUACUGGAUUCAGAGGGCGCCGGAGCCAGAGGACUUCACCAUUGGAAACAAGCUGUCGGCUAACAAGGUGUCGCCGGGGCUGGCCAGGGAGAUAUGGAAGGAACUGAUUGAUUUUGAUCCAAAACUAGUAUACAGAAACUUAUCAUCCGUUUGAUAGUGUUGUCAUCAUCAUCAUCAUCAUCAUCAUCAUCAUCAUCAUCAUCAUCAUCAUCAUCAAUUAUUAUUAUUAUUAUUAUCAUUAUUAUUAUUAUUAUUAUUAUUAUUAUUAUUAUUAUUAACACAAUAAAGUAUGUUGAAUCUGAUUUGAAGACUUGUUGAACUGGACGUAAAAUUAUUUCCCAACAUUCAAAUAAAGCCAUGUCUACAUGGGAUAAAAUGGUUAUUUGGAUAAGAUAAUUACCUUGGUAAGAUAGUUACUUGGUUACUUUUACAUAGCUACUUGUAUAAGAUGGUUACUUGUAUUACAUAGUUAAUUGUAUAAGAUGGUUUCUUGUAUUACAUAGUUAAUUGUAUUACAUAGUUACUUGUAUUGCAUGGUUACUUGUGUAAGGUAACUGGAUACUAGUUUGGAUAUGGUAGUGUAUUUAAUUGACUUGUAUUUAUAAAAAAAAUGGUGAGGUGGUCACUGAGAGUCAGGGGGUUGUUGGGAUGAGGUAGUGAAAUGGAAUAAGUUGUUGUCUGGAUUACCAUGAAGUGGAUCAGAUGGGGAGGAUGCGGACGCACUGACAGGAGACCAUUGGACUGUUUUAACCUGAACAUCGUUGGGAUGACGGACUGUCACACUACUGACACCCAGUGUUUCUGGUUCAGACCCUAUAAUAAUUUUACAUGGGUACCUCACUCAACCACUCAGCCACUCAGCCACUCACUCUACCACUCACUCACUUAAUCACUUACUCACUCAGCCACUCACUCUACCACUCACUCACUUAAUCACUUACUCACUCAGCC